CUGAAUCUUCAUGGCGCUCUGCCUAUUCAGCAGGCAUUGGUGCCUCUGCUGCUACCCCCAGGAAUUCCAGGUGCAAAGUCCCUACCAGGCUCAGAAAAAGUGCUGCCUGAUGUUGUUGUAAGUGCGCCUACGGGAAGUGGUAAAACCGUUUCCUACUUACUUCCCAUUGUCGAGGCCCUCCGCCACUCCAGCGCAAACCUCGUCAAUUUGGGCAGACUCAGUGCUGUGAUCAUCGUGCCCACACAGGAGUUGGUCACUCAAGUGGCAGCAGUGGCCGAGUCACUCAGCAAAGGUAGCAAAAUCAAGGUUGGUCAAUCGAACAGCAAGCACAGUCUGCGAGAGGAGCAGAAGAAGCUCGUUCAUCGAGGACAACGAUACGACCCAGCGGAAUACAAGCGAUACAUGGAUCAAGCGGACAUCGCACUGGAUCGUAAUCGUCCAAUUGACGUAAGAUUGACUGAAUAUGCGGCAUGGCUCGAAGCUAGUCAACCAGAUCCAAAGACUGCGCAAUCGAUCGAGACCAUGCUGGACUCAUCCUGGAUUGAUAAUUUCAUUCCAACCUACGAGUCGCUUAUUGACAUAUUCGUAAGCACACCGCAGAGACUACAUGACCACAUUGAAAACACGCAAGGCUUCACACUUGAGAAUAUCGAAUGGCUUGUUCUGGACGAGGCGGAUAGGAUGCUUGACAAUCAACACAGAAGCUUUCUAGACCUUCUCAACCAGGAAACAUACCGCGAGCUUCACGUCUAUAGGGAUUACUCUGGAUCGCAGCCUCUGCAGCAUCAACCACCUCGGCUGCGCAAGGUAGUCUUGUCUGCAACUAUGCCAGGUGACGUGAAGGUCGAGAAUGCGUUUCGCCUGCGGUUCCCAAAGCUUGUGGUAGAGCGUGGUGCAGAGGCGUCCGAACAAGCCGAGUCUGGGGCACAGGCAUAUGCCAGGCGGGCGAAUGCUACUGUCGAGGGACAUGAUAGUUCAGAAGAUAUGGAACUGCCGGCAUUUCUCAGAGAGUACUGCGUGCCCACGGGUGAUGGAAGUGAGAAACCGCUUGUCGCCAUUGAGCUUAUAAGAUCGAGAAUCCUCUGCCAGACCGAGGCGAAAAGCGCUGAGACAAGCCCAACCAAACCAUCGAGAAGCAGUAGCGUGGAGUCUAGCUCGAGCUCAGACUCUGGAAGUGAGGUCUCCUCGAUCAGCUCCAGUGACUCUGAUGACAGCUCCGACGAGAGCGAUGAGGCUUCGUCUGACAUGGACAUAGACUCUCCACAGGCCACAUCUGUCCGUCCAAGGUCCACCAGUCACGCCGCGGACAGUCUGUCCAAGCCACUAACACAUGACGAGAAAUCUGUGGCCCCCACCAUUCUGCUCUUCACAUCGAGCACCGAGACUGCCCAUCGCCUGACGCACCUCAUCAAAACUCUGGUUCCUGACUGGAAACCAUAUCUUCACACCAUUCUUAAAAACACACCGAAAUCGCCACAAUCCAACCCGUCCCAGCCACUCAUCGUCAUCUCCACCGACCGCGCGGGUCGUGGUCUUGACGGCUUUGCAGGACGAAUGUUCACACAUGUGGUGCAAUAUGAUGUUCCGCGGUCGCUGACUGAUUAUGUCCAUCGAGUCGGUCGCACAGCACGAGCGGGAAGGGCAGGCGAGGCUUGGACGCUCUAUACACAUCGCCAAGCAGGGUGGUUCAAGGAGGAGGUGGUGAGGAGCGAGCGGAUAGGAAGAAAAAUGGCGGUGGAAGAGACAAAGGUGGGAAGAGCGAGUGAAGAGUUGAGCCUGAAGUACAGGCAGGCUUUGGAGGGGAUGAAGGAGGAGGUCGCUGGUGGGAAAAAGAAGAAGUAA